CGUUAUUACGACCAGUCGAUUUUCGAAUUUUGUAUCAAACAAACGGAUUUUGGUGUCUUCGAAUGAUUUGUGCGGAUUUGAUGACUUGUGAUGUUGAUGUUGACGUUUAACGAUUACUGUAAUGAUCUUCCGGUAUGUGACUAAUGAUAUCUUAAAUGAUUCAGAAUAUGAAUUGACAUUUUUCCUUUUCUCAUAAUACAAAGUUCCUUUUUCGACUAGUCCACUAAGUUAUAAAUCUAGAGCUUCCACAGUAACAUGUAAGAGUGAAAAUUAAAUUAUGUACCUUUUUAUUGACUUACAAUACUUGAGUUCAUCCUUGUAAAACUAUCUAUUCAUACAUGCUCUUGAAUAACAAAAAUAAUAUUACAGAUAAUUAUUUCCCGAGUUAACACAAUAGAAGUUAUCUAAAAAGAGCUAGUACAAAAACUGUUCAUAUUUUGGUGGAUAAACCAAAUUGGUGGGUACCGUUAACAUUAUCUUAUCCCUCCACAUCAAAGUGAUUAAAAGCGCCAACAAUGAGUGAUUUAUCAAACUUCGUAAUGUGAUAUCGUUAAAUGCCGGUGACAAUUUAGUGUACGAUAGAGAAGGGGAUAUAAAGGUGAAGGGUCAAUUAGUGCAAUGCCCGAUUAUGACGAGUGGUUGCGCGAGCCCAGCAGGCGGAUCAGGAAGUACAAAUUCUGCAAGUCCGGACGGCUCGACAAGAGACGUCACUGGACCGUGCUCCUUUCGGUCACUUUAUUGGAACUUGAUGAGUCAGAAAACGAGAGUUCGAGCCCGUCCCCGUUGGCCGGUCAGGGCCCGGGCGGCCACAAGCCCUCAUUCAAAGGAACGAAACUCGCCCGACGCGCCCGCUCUUUCAAGGACGACUUCCUCGGCAAGUUCUCCCAGAUGCGCGGACCAAAUUCGGCGGCGGCGGCUGCCGCGACCGCCGCAGGUUCGCCCGCCGGUCGGGCGCACAGUCCCAAAGGGUCCGGCCAUCACGGCAAGCCGCACGACGAACAUGACGCCUCCGUAACCACAAUAACUUACGCGCCGAACAAGAGCCCCAUUAAGGAGAUGGAUGAUUUAUGGAAGCAGAUUCAGGUCGCGUUGAAGCACUUUCGGGAGAUCAUCUCGAAAAACAAGCUGGAAAUGUUGCCGGGCAACGGGACAAUCGUUCUGGAUACUGUGUGGAUGAUCAAUCUGUGGGUGAAGUCAAACGUUUCGGGUGAGAACAGCAGCAGCGUGAUUUCGGCCACAAAUCGCAUGUACCAAAGUGUCGCCAGGCUGAUCAAGCUGUGCGACGACGUGCUGAUCGACGACAAAAGCGCCGAACUCAAUAAGGAUAACGUUGAGGAGAUUUUGGAUCAAGUUGAUGAAGCUGUUAAGAACUUGGCAGAUUUGGCACGGGAAAAGAUCACACAGCAACAGCAGGCGCUGCAAAACAACAGCGGCGGCGGCGGUGGCGGAGGUGGCGUUUACAAGACGGCGCCGCGUACAUCGUACGGCAAUGCGAGCUUGGAGAUGCCGGCGCAGCGCAACUCGCUGCCCGACAUACCGUUGUCGCCGCGGGAACGCGAAAUUCUGGAACAAACAUGCUGCAAACCAUCGGUCGUGCGCAGCAGCCACAGUACGGAGUCGAUAUUGAGGGACCCGAGUCCACCGCCCAAACCGCCUCUACCCGAUAGUAAUAGUAUUAGACCACCCCCUUUACCUCCUAAGAAAAAAAAUCUAAAAGCACAAGUAAUGGAUGAUUGCUUCUGUAUAGAAUCCCCCAUCACGAGUAGUCUGGAAAGAAUGUCACUGCGGUCAAAAUCGCCGGAAUCCUCCAAUUCCCUCCUUUCCGAGAGUGCAGGCAGCAUAGAGUCUAUGUUCAACCAUUCCCGGGAAGAGGACGAACUUAUGGCUAUAAAAGACGGCGACAUGGACAUGUCUUUCGACCAUCAUAAUUCCGAUAUAAUUGGCGCAAACGGUUCCCACAACUCCUGGGAGGAGUCGUCCCUCAGUUCCAGCUUGUCAAACAACAACAGUGACCACAUUACGUCGGUGAACGAUUAUCAUCGUCUGUCGAACACCGAUUCGGGCAUCGUUUCCUUCAGAUCAUCGAGUUACUCGAAGCGCAGUUCGCAACAGAGCUCAAUCAGCUCGCAGUUCGGGAGCGGCGGUCAUCACAUUACGUCCAAACAUUCCGCCAAUGUGUCUGAAAUGGUGAAGUCGGAAAGUACGCUUCAAAACUUGUACUUGGGCGAUAAUCAACUGUCGGUGGGUAGUUUUAGUCACAAGACCAGCAACAGUAGCUCAGUAACCGUAAGCAACGAGUCGGUGUUUAACCGAGACGAGAUGGAUUUGGGUGGCGACGAGACUCCACCCGCUAUACCGCAAAAGACCAGAAAGAAGCAUGAACGCCAACCCUCUCCUUAUGACAAUGUACCUGAUGAUAGAUUAGGAGGUGAAGUUUUAAUUUCUUGUCAAAUGCACCAAUCACAUCAAAGUUUGUCAAGCAGCACAAGCAUAUCAAGUACAACAAUAGGUCAACAAGAUUCGACUAAACCACCGCCAUUACCACCCAAAAAGAAGCACAUGUUCCAAUCGGUGGCUUACUCUGUAAUGGCAUACAUGGAGAUGUUCGGUAACUGUUCGCAUACCAACGACCAGGAGUUUAUGAGACACUCAAUCCACGUGCAUCAAUCGCAAUACGCACCGUCCCACCUCAGUCAAUCGUCGCUUGGCAGUGUCGGAGGCUUGCCGACGACACAGUCGUGCUCAUUUUCGCACACCUCCUCCUCCAGCCGAACGACGUCGCAGACCCAGAUCCACUCGCUCAAUCUGCAUACCGCUGCCCAUACAUUGGACCAAAGAAUUCCAUCGCCGCUGCACUCGCCCGGCUCGGCACUGUCGUCCUCGUCCACGUCCAGCAACAGUUUACCGCCAGCGCUUCCGCCAAAACAGCGCACGCGCAAAUCCUCCUCCAAGUCACCGCCCCCCACUCCCACAUCCGUACAUCACCACUCACACCAUCACUCCGCGCCGGAACCAAGGGCGCCGUCUGUAGCGUCAGCACCUUCACCUGCAAAGACUUUGCCCGAUCUCUUGGAGCACACGGCGGCUGUGACCAAGAGUCAGACGAUGACGCCUGUGGCGACGUCGGCCGUCGAGGAGAAGGAAAAGGAAGAAGGACCAUGCGAUAUUGAUUUAAUGGAGGAACUUGAUGCCGACAAGUACUUAGUGAAGAAGAAGGAAGAUGAGGAGGGGCCUGAAAUCAGAGGUGGGCCUAUAGAUGCACUCAUCAUACAGGCGACGAAGGCUACCAAGAAUGGAGUGUUUACAUACCAAGAAGCGUUUUUAACAACCUAUCGAACAUUCAUAUCACCGUUAGACUUAAUAAGUAAAUUAAUUAGGAGGUACAACCAUUUCUACUCCCAGCCAGAUAAAAAGCCUAGAUCUAGAGAAGCUUUUGCUUUAAUUGUUCGAGUUGUUAGUGAUUUAACGGCUUCCGACUUGGACGAACAGCUGCAACAAAAACUUAUGAGCUUUGUGCAACAAUUGAUCUCGUGUGGCGAACUGACACUGGCGAAAGCGUUGCGAGUCAAGCAUCUGGAGCGACACGAGGCCAAGUUGCUGAGCAUCAAAUUAACCAACACCGUAACAAGUCUUUCACUAAGUGCUAAGAAUUUCUCGUUGUUAGACUUUAAAUCGGAACAAAUCGCUGAACAGAUGACCCUCCUCGAUUCCGAGUUAUUCAAUAAGAUCGAAAUCCCGGAAGUGCUCACUUGGGCACAGGAACAAAACGAGGAGCGCAGCCCCAACUUAACACGGUUCUCCGAGCACUUCAACAAGAUGUCCUAUUGGGCUCGCACCAGAAUACUGACGGCAGAGACGAAAGAUAUACGCGAAAAAUUCUUUUUGAAGUUCAUCAAGAUCAUGAAGCACUUGCGUAAAAUCAACAACUACAAUUCGUACCUGGCUAUGCUGUCCGCUCUGGACUCCGCACCUGUGCGUCGCCUCGAGUGGCAGAAGCACGUGCAGGAGGGUCUGAAGGAGUAUUGUGCGCUCAUUGAUAGUUCCUCGAGUUUCCGCGCAUAUCGACUGGCUUUGGAAAAUACGGAACCACCUUGCAUCCCCUACAUUGGCUUAGUCCUUCAAGAUUUGACCUUUGUUCACAUUGGCAACAGCAAUUUACUUCCGGACGGCAUGAUCAACUUUUCCAAACGCUGGCAACAGUACCACAUCGUGGAAAACAUGAAAAGAUUUAAGAAAGAGAAAACGUAUGCGUUUAAGAAAAACGAGAAGAUAAUACAGUUCUUCGGCAACUUCGAUGAUUUAAUUGGCGAGGACGCUAUGUGGCAACUGUCUGAGACCAUCAAACCCCGUGGGGGAAAGAAAACGAACCAGUGAACACCGGUAGCCCAUGAUUUAAAGCAAUAUGUUUACAUCAAAAGAAGAUAAACGAGUUUUAGUGCAAUGGCCGGUGUUGACAAAGCGCGAUUCAUUUUUUAAAUGAUUGUAGGAACUGGACGUCAUUUCUCGAGCGGUAACAGGCAUAUCAGCACCUUUUCAAUUGAAUUUUAAAUGGGUGAUUGCGGUGUUUUUAUUAUUUGUGGUAGCAUCGCCGAAACUUUACUUGUAUUAAUCUACCUUUAAGUUGAUUUAGAUGAGUAUGGUUGAAUAUGAAUAUUAAUGUGAACGUUAUCGGUAAAAUUAUCCCAAAAACACGCAUGCAUUGUGUGUACGUAUUAUAUAUAAAAUUUAAUUAUCGAAGGAAUUGAUACUUGACAUAAAAACACAACGACGCCUCGGAAGUCGUUUUUAUUAUAGUUGCCUUAUGAGUAUUUCGCGCUGAAAAACACCGCAACACAUAAUUAUUGCCUUUACCUAAGCAAUAUUUUUUCUAGUCAUUUUAUUUGUUUGAUUUUGUUGUACAUAUUUUACAUUACGAUAGGAAUAGGUGAUGUGUGUAUUUAGUUGCCAUCAAUUGGUGAAAUCUGAAUAUAAUUCAAUAUUCCGAGUUUACCAAGUUUUAUUUCAUUUUUAUUAUCGCGUGCUUUAAAAGUACAAAGGCAAAUGUCUCAUUAAAAUAAACUUUAUUUGUUAACUAGGCAUAUAAGUAUGCGAAAUGAGCACAAAAUGGUUUAAGACAAGUUACAAUCUUAUGAAUCUUCUCCGCUAAUAGAUAAUGUUGUCUAUGUUCACAAUGUGAAGACUUUCUUAUUUGUGAAUAUUCGCCAAACUACUUUUUCUAAGUGUUUUACUUACACAUAUCAGCACAAUACCAAUUUUGCAGAUAUUUCUAUUUUAAGAGUGACAAAUAUAUACGUAUUAAAUAAAUAGACGUAAUCGGUAGCGGGGAUGUGUGUGUCAGCCACUAAACUAUUUUAAAAUUUCUGCCUAAAACUUUCGUUUUACUCUUUCAAAUGUUGCAAAUCUCGUGGUAAUUAAUGUACUUCUUUAUCUUUGCGAUUGGGCUUUAUUAGGGAAUUUAGGCUAAUUAAUCAAUAAACCUUACCAAAAAAUUUAACAAAUUAUAUAUUAUAUAAAUUCUAAUCGUUACUUAAGACAAAUAUAUUUGCCAUCUUAAACAUAAAUUUAAAUUAGAAUGAAAUUAUUCUGAUGCUUAUUUUUUAUAACAACUUUAGUCAAAUUUGUAUAAAAACUAAUGUUUGGAGCGAUAUUAUAAAUUAUUUUUUAGACAAUGAAUUAUUUGGCAUCGAAAUUAGGAUUAAUUAUUUAACUUAGGCGAAAGUUUGUUCAUAAGUUCAUAUAGAAUAUGUGUAAGGUCCUAUCUUUUCCUUUGUUCUAAAUCGAUAGGCGAAUUGCUGUUUUGUAUAAAACAUGAUUGUAUCACUAAAAUUCCAUCCACAUACGCAAAUCGUAUACAUACACUCCUGUUGAGCUAGUGCAGAUGUAAUGAUCAUAUUUUAUAUAAAAUUGUCUUCGGUUUCCUGGAUUACAGAUUUCCUAAUCACAAAUAUACUUCCCUUGUAAAGUUAUCUUUACUAGGUGGAAAUCUGCAAAACAUUUAAAAAUACUUAGCAAAUCUUUUAAGCUUUGUGUAUAAGACUGAACUUUUCUUAGUGUAUUUUUAAAUUUAAAUGUUUAAAAUAAAGAAAAAACUAUCAGUAUACAAGACCAUAAAAUUUAUAUUUUUUAAACAAUCUUUCGAUUAUUUUUUUCUAACUUUAUUGAAAGGACUGAAUAUGAUAAUGUGUGUGUUGUGAUCCAGUAUAAGUAUAUCUGCGUGUGUUUUUGGAUGUCGCUCCCUAAGAGUUGGUUUGCUCAAGCAUUACAAAACAAAUUCAAUUUAUCUGACAUAAACUUCAAGUAAAAAAUUUUCGAACAAACUGCUUCAUUCGCAUCCUCGAGAGCGACAGUGCAAAAACAGAAAUUGCGAAUGAUGGUGUUUUAGCACUUCUUCCAUAUAUUGCUAGUAUUGCAAGAUUCGUGAAAAUCAAUGUUAGAUUAAUUAACUAAAAAACUAGAUAAAUGUGCAUAACCAUUUUAUUGUUAGAUAAAAAGUUAACUAUUAGAAGGCCUAACUAAAAAUAAGCAUAACAUUAAGAAUGGCUACUAGUAGACUGCUCUUCUCAUUUUUUAACAUAAAACUUAUUAAAUGUUUUUUUUUUUAUUUCCGUGAGUAGGAAAAUUGUACCAGAGUAUGAAUAUUCCAAGAGUUUAGACAGCAUUUAAUGAAAUUGUCAAAAUUGCUGGUUUCUCAGCGCCUUAUUUUAGGGCUUUUUGUUUAAUGAACAAGUUUUAACAGAAAUGUGUUUUGGUAGACUGAUGUAUCCAUUGGUUGCAUUUUAUUUUAAGCACGUUUCUGUCAUUCUGUGAUGUUUUACUUUUGUGUCAUAUACGUUUAUCAUAAAAAAGUAUUUUAAUGUAGGUUAUAAUUCAUUUAAAGAUGUUUUAAAUUGGUUAGUCGGAAGAGUGCAAUAAAAAUGAAUCAAGUUUAAACUAACGAGUUUGAUGCAUGUGUUUAUUGACAUCUAAUAAUUUGUAUAAAUAUUUUGUUUAAUAUAUUUGAUAUUAUUUUACGAGAUGUAUUAUUAGUACUAGUGUUUAGGCAACUAAUUGAGAAUUUAUAUAUGUAAUAAUUUAUUUAAUUUCUUUCAGCAAAUAAUCACUGUGUAUAUAAAGUAUAUAUGUAUAUUUGUUUAUAUUUACUUUGUUGUCAAUUCGUUUUCUGACUUACUUUUGUGCUUUAUACAGUAUGUAUGUUAGUGUGAUAUUGUACAUCUAAGUACCUACAUAAAAACGUGUGAUAAAUAUG